ACACAUACUUUCGUUCCUCAUUUUGUUCACUUGUUGAAUCAAGUACGAGUUAGCAAAUGGAAGUAAAGCGCGGUUCUUCUGAUAUGGAGGAUAGUUUUAGAGCUAGAAGAAAUAAGAAGCCACGGGCAAGAAGGAAUGGACGUGAAUCAGUGGAGGACACCAUUGAAAAGUGGAGGAAGUACAACAACGACAACCAACUUCGAUUUGGUGAAGAAGAUGGCCUCGAAAGGGUUCCCAAGGUUCCUGCAAAAGGUUCUAAGAAAGGGUGUAUGAGAGGGAAAGGAGGGCCCGAGAAUACCAGAUGCAAGUUUAGAGGUGUAAGGCAAAGGAUAUGGGGGAAGUGGGUGGCGGAAAUUCGGCAACCAAUCAACAGUGGUUGUCUAGCGAGUAAAGGGAACAACAAUAGGCUUUGGCUUGGAACGUUCUCUAGUGCCAUUGAUGCAGCUCUUGCUUAUGAUGCAGCAGCCAAGGCUAUGCAUGGUACUCGUGCUCGCCUCAAUUUCCCCGACGAGCAUUCCAAGGAAUCGGUUGGUAACAAAGUGUCUGCUUCAUCCACCAUUGAGAUAUGUUCAAUCGAGUCUACUUCAACAUCAGAUUUGAAUGACGAAGGAGCUAAAAAGGAAUCAAGUACUACUUAUGAGUCCCCUGCAGUAGAACCUAUUCUCGACGAUGAAGACCGAGAUGCCAGCAUUUCGAUUUCGGAGUUGGAGCCUUGGAAGGAUGCUAAAGUCGAGAUGCCGGUAAGUAUUGAAUCCAAUACUGGUUAUAGUUGUAUCUUUGGUGAAGAUGAUAACUUGAAGACUGAGCAUACAGGUUCAGAUAUGUAUUGUAAGCCUCCAAAUGAAAUGAUAGCAGAAGUGGAGGUUGAACCAGAGGGAUUUCAUGAUUUUUAUAACUACAACAGUUUGGAUAAUCUUUAUGAUGAGCCCCCAGAUUUGAGAUGCCAGCAACAACUUAAUACUCCAUCGUCUCUUGGUGAUGGCAUUAAUAGCUUAAAAAACAAAUUGGAGUGUAUCCAUGGUUUGCCAGCAGAAGCCAUAUCCAUUGCAAAACCUUUUGCCUUAAACAAGGAAGAAAAAGAUUAUAAUUCUAAUAAAGUUGAUUCUUCUUCUACGAGCUACAUUCAAAGAAGUGGGAAUGAUGGGACAAGCUUUGAUUUGGAUUACACUAUGGAGUUUCUGCGACCCGAGGCUGAUUCAGACUUUCUAGAAGCCACGAAAUUCAGUGAUUUUUGUUUUACUGAUAGUGGGUUUUAGGAGUUUUAUGUGCUGCCUAGCAUUAUAGUUGAACAUCAAACAUGUAAUUGGGACGACGUUUGGUUCCCAUAGGAAAAUUUGUCAUACUCUGAUUAGGUGGUUCAUUAUUUUGGAGAACUGUUUUCUUUGUUUCAUGUUCCUCCUUGUUGGUUAUGGAGAAAUAUAUAUACUUUGUUUUUAUUAUU